AUGGAUUCCGAUCUCCCUCUCAUCGAAAUCGCCGGAGAAGACGACUCCCUCCUCCACUCCACUCCACACGGCGCCGUUUCAAGCACCGCCACCCCCAGCGACGACGACGCCUUUUUCUUCUGCUCGCCCCUCCAUCCCCCCAGAUCCAGACCCAAAGAUGUUGUGAAAGUGAAUGGGGAUAUGGAAAGGGGUAGUAUGAAUAAAGAGAACAGUAAUGUGAACAAAAUUGAAGAAAAUAAAUUCAGCCUCCAGCCGCAGCAAAUGAAGAGGAAGAAGAAGGGAGGAUACAAUUUGCGCAAAAGCCUCGCUUGGGACCGGGCUUUCUUUGAGGAAGAAGGUGUAUUGAAUUCCGAAGAAUUAUCCAUGAUUACUGGGAAUGUAAACUCUAGUGGGUCAUUGUCAGUCAUCCACGAGGAGACUAGUUGUGAUAGUGAUACUGCGUAUCUUCAGGACCUUGAAGAGAACCUAUUCAAGGUGAAUCCGGGAAGCACGCCAAAGAAAGAUAGGAUUACUGGUGGUAGUCCAUUGUCAAAGCAUGCUUCACCAGCUAGAGAUAACACAGUCCCAGGUUCUGCGGGCAGGCGGAAGGUGCUUUCAGCGCGUGAUAGCAAUAGAAGUGGCUCAAAACGCAGUGGUUGCCCUCGCCCUUUGGCCUCAUCUUCAUAUCCUUUUGACCAAGUUUCCCAUAUGCCUGCAAAUGUGAAUACUAUAAUGUCAGCAACUAAAGAACCAAAAGUUUCUAAGUUACCUGUUCCAAAACCUGUUCCCUGUGCUCUCUCUAAGACUUCCAAGAACGUGACGGUUAGUGCAAGUGAUCUAAAACGGAGUCAGAUUGCUCAUCCUGUCAAUUUGAACAACACCAAAACUGGUCUAAAUAAUGAAAAAGUUGGUUCUACGGGAAAAUCCUUGACUGCUAAAAGUUUUACAUCUCCAACCAGAAGAAAUGUGGCCAGUUAUGUGAAGUGUUCACCAACCAAAGCACAAUGUCCACCAGUUACAGAAGCAAACAAUGGAUUACAGGUUAUAAAAAAACAAGCACGUCCUUCUACCAGUCAGACAUCAUAUGGCCGUGAUGACAGAUCCAGAAAAAUUGCAGUUCCUGUGGAGGAAACCUCGAAACAAGCACUUCCUUCUGCCAGUCAUGCAUCAUACUGCCGUGAUGACAGGCUUAGAAAAGUUGUAGUUCCUCUUCCUCAUACUGGUCCGAACUUGCCACAUACUCAACUCCAAACAUCAAAACCAUCAGGUUUGCGGAUGCCAUCGCCCUCGCUGAGUUUCUUUCAUCAGCCAAAAGCUUCUUCUUUGCCUGGCCCCGGUAAGAGCAGUUCACAACCAUGCAAAAUUCCCAAUGUGAGGCAAAUUGGUUCUGUAAAUCCAAUUCAUCAAUUGAAGCCACCUUCACUCAGUGAAAUGCCAAACCCGACCAAUGCUGGGACAGUAAUAGGAAAUACUAAUGUCCAGUGUUCAAGUUCUGUUCCAUCUGCUAUUACCCAUGCGACAAUGGAAAAAGUGGAUUUAGUCUCGCAAAUAAGACUUGUGCAGCCGGAACUGAAGUUACCUUCUAAUUCAAAAGGUUAUGGUAUUACAGAGGAUCACAGAAAGUUAAAUAGCAUACCUGGUUAUGGCUACCAAAAAUCUACCCCACAAGCAGAACCAAAUAUUACUGAAGAGCUUUCUUACAUGGAAGAUGUAAAAUUUCAGGGCCAUGAUAAAUAUCUGAUGGAUCAGGGGUCCUCUCUUGUCUUUCCUCCAAAAAGUACAGAAAUUCAGGGCGACAGCUUGGAGAAGGAUGCAGAUGCUAGUGCAGAAGUCCAAAAUGGUAGUGCAGCUGAAUACAAAAUAUUUGAUGCAUUGUCUUACUCCAGAUGUGAAGAUCAAGCAAACGAUGAUAGUAGUACAUUGAAGACAAUGAGUACGGAUCUGCAUGUGGAUGAUGCACAAACGCUGGCUUCAGAUAGGAAAGUGGAUGAAAUCAAUGAUGUCAAGCAGUGCGCUUCAUCUCCUGAUAAUUGGCAAUUGGUGAAAAUUGAUAGUGGAAGUGAGAAACCUGAACACCUAGAUCUUUCAAAUCCCUGCUACAUUGGAGAACAGGUUUACCAGGAUGAUUGGUCAGACUUAAAUGAACGUGUAUUGGAUGAUUUUGAUGUUCUUCCUGAAAAAACCCAGCAUAACAAUGUUCUUCUGCGUGCUGAGUUAAAGGAACCAGAAGGAAAUGGUGCUGGCACAGUUGAAUCUGCAGUUUCCAGAAACCUGCAUGUUACUACACCUGUGAUGCUAGAUUGCAGGUCUAAUGAAGCGGAAAUGGUGUACUCCCCAAAUGUGGAGAAUAUUGCAUCGAUAUCUGGAGACGAUAGGCCAGUGGUCGAGAACCACAACCUUGAUACACAGUUCAGGAAUGACAUUCGUCUUCAUGGGCAAGCUUGUAUGGAAUUGCACAACAUGGAUGAAGAUGAAAGAAGAGAUUCACUGACUGCUCAUGAUAUUAAGGCCACUUUAAAAAGUGGAGGUUCCACAUCCCAACUAAACCUGACAAUGCAGAUUGAGGCUGGUUCUGCAAAAGACACAAUUGAGCACAGGUAUUUUGGAUUCAAAGGUUCUGAUUUAUCAGUUGAAAGUAGUUGUCAUGCCCCUCACUUGCAGCCUGAAGAUGACAUAAUCUCUUGCCACCAAGAUACUUCAAUGGUGCAAACUAAAUUCAUAGUUGAUAAAAUCAAUGUUAGUGAAGAGGAAACUAAUGCGUCGAGUGGUGAAUUUGAUGAUGACAAACUCAGUGCUGAACAAGCUAAGCAGGUUGUGUCUUGCUCUAGUGCAGAAGUUACAUUACUGAACUGGGAUACAGGAGAUUAUGGCCAUUUAUUUGAAGGUAGCAAAUCUGUGGAAGAGUGCCACAAAUAUGACACUGGGAACAUCAAAGAUAGUUUGAAAGUAAACUUGUGUGAUGCAAGUGGAUUGCAAGGUACUCCUGAUCUAUCAAUGCAUGAAAAGUUGGAAGAAGCAAAUCAAGAAAUUGAUGUGAUUAAGAUUAAGGAACCCCUACCUGGAUUUCCAGAGGACCAGUCAUCAGUUGCAAAUUGCAGGCACUCAGUGGACUUUAAUAAUGCACAUGAACUAUCUGCAAGUCUAGAGCUCGAACAUCCAAAUAUUGUAGCAGUGCAAGUAUCGCAGGAAUUGAAGCCCAUAUCAGAUUCAAAUGGAACUUGGCAUUCAAAUAAUACUUCCUGUAAUGAAUAUGCGGAAACGGAUGAUCUUGUUAUAGAUCAGUAUGAUGCUUGUGGAAGUGAACCCAAGUGUUCAAAUGCUUGUACAGAAGUAGCACCAGCAAUACGUGAUGGCAGACCUGAUUUGGGGGGAGAGGUUGACUACUCACAACUGGAACUUGCAGUGACUAAAAGUUCCAUGGUUGAGCAAUCAUCAGAAAAUGUUUACGGUUAUAAAAAUUCCAGGGAUACCAAUAGGCUAUGCGAUCAAGCUGCUUCCGUGGAUUCUGACUCAUCUUCAAAAACAACCAAUCAAGAAGAUUCUGUGCAAACUUUGGCAUGUAAUUCCUUGGAAGGGAAAUCAAGGCCAUCUCUUAUCUCUGAUCAGACUUCAUCAAGUGAAAGCAUUCUGCAGAAUAAUGAAGUUACUCUAUUGAGCAGCAACAGCUUGGCGGAGGAUGCUGAAACUAAUAUCCUGAAAAGUAAUCGUACUCUCGAUGAUGAAGUGCAGCAAGAGUUAGAUGCUACAAAAGAGCUUAAGAAGUCUAGCGGAAGGAAGCAACAUGGGCUUGUAAUAAAACCUCCACCAGAUGCUGUUCCAUUUUCUGAUGAAUGGUUAGCUGCAAUUGAAGCAGCUGGAGAGGAAAUAUUAACCAAGAAAGGUGGUGCUGUACAACAUUCACCCCCGAACAAGUCUCCACCUCAACUAGGUCCAUAUUCGCCGGUGAAACGGAAACAAAAUCAAGUAAUUGGACCGUUUGAUUGUACAAAACAUACCAACAACCCCCCUGGUUCUCAAUAAUCUAAGAA